AGCCCGGCGGCGGAUCGUGUUCGGGUCAUUUAACUCGAAUCUAACAGCCAUUCGAUCGGCGUUCGAUGCAUUGAACGCAUUUACAAUUCGUCGACAGAGAAAUCCGGACGUCGGAGUGCGCAGUGGGCCAGUGCGCAUCGGUGGACCGAAACACCAAGACCGAGAUCACCGAGGAGAGUUGAGAGGUUGAGAGUGUAAUGUCUGAUAAGGCGAGUGAUGGACAAGCCGUGCGAGUGCGUGACCGUACCUUCAGUUUUGACAGUUGAACUGUGAAAGUGACUCGUGGAACGGAACAGAUUCGACGUACAGUGACCCGGAAUCGCGCCUAAUAUGUACGUGCCAACGUGCCAUUGAUCGAAACGGACGGUCGCGGUCCUAGGGACUGAUUCAGAAAAUCGCACGGACCUGAAAAAGCACAAGUGGUCGUCGGUGUGUGUCGUGCGUUGCGUCCGUCGCGAGCACCUACGUGUCUUUUUCGUCGGGGAAUAUAUUAGGACACUAAAAAGGGGCUGCGUGCCUCCGUACGAAAUAAAUAAGGACCAGUAUCUGUCAUAAUUUUUUCACCAUUGGCAAACAAAGGCGGCUGGCUGGUUUUAGCGCUGCCUUUGACGACUGGAUAUAGUACUGCCUCUCUCUUUCGUUCUUGCUCUCGAGGGACGAGGAAGCAGAAUGGAGGCGAUAGCGAAGCACGAUUUCACGGCUACCGCGGAGGAUGAGCUUAGUUUUCGAAGGAGUCAAAUCCUCAAGAUUCUAAAUAUGGAAGAUGACAUGAACUGGUACAGAGCCGAACUAGAUUCCAGAGAAGGUCUCAUUCCAAGUAAUUACAUAGAAAUGAAAAACCACGACUGGUAUUACGGGAGGAUAACUAGAGCAGAUGCGGAAAGAUUAUUAAUGAACAAACACGAAGGCGCUUUUCUUAUUAGAAUCAGUGAAAGUUCUCCCGGUGAUUUCUCCUUAUCCGUUAAAUGUUCGGAUGGCGUUCAACACUUUAAAGUACUGAGAGAUGCUCAAGGCAAGUUCUUUCUCUGGGUGGUUAAAUUUAACAGUCUUAACGAAUUAGUAGAAUACCACCGUACAGCGUCUGUCUCUCGCUCCCAAGAUGUUAAACUACGGGAUAUGGUUCCAGAAGAAUGUCUAGUGCAAGCAUUAUACGAUUUUGCACCACAAGAACCAGGAGAACUUGAAUUUAAACGGGGUGAUGUAAUUACCGUUACCGACCGCACGGAUCAACAUUGGUGGCACGGAGAGAUUGGCAAUAGACGGGGUCUGUUUCCAUCUACAUACGUCACUCCAUAUCACUCCUAGGCCUCAUGUUGCACGCACAGAGGUCAUAGGCAUCGGCCUCUUUAUCCUACCACUAUCACAUACAGGAUCAGACUUACAGCAGAAUUAAUCAACAAUAUUUUGCAAACUCCGCCUAUCGAAUGGGCUACCAGGAUGUAUUGGUGGUCUAGACGUCGAGUUGUUUAGCUUGGCUGAAUAUACCAUUAGCACUAUUCAUUGGUCUCAUUGAAACAAAUUCUCCACGUUUAGUAAUUACGUAAACAUACGUAGAGUUCCUUGAUGUACCACAUAACGGUGUAGCAGGUUUGUUCUGUUUCAUCGUUGGAACAGCGAGAGUAAUUUUUCACUGGGACCGAUGAUACUAUUAUUCGAAGUUAUUAAUAGUCAUCGUGUGUGUACAAUAGAUACAUCUUUAAGCAUCUCAUAUUUCAGUUUCGCGAAUAAUCGAGUAGAAGGUAGACGUGAAAUAGAUUCACGACACUUACAUGUGAGGAACGAAUCUUUAAAUGGUGUUUCCUAUUUCUUGGUAGUCCAUUAAUGGAGUAUUCGCAUGGAAACGUACAUCAAUCGUGUACAUCGAUAACGAGGAGCAUCGGCCAUAUUAAACGAAACUAUAUUGUUUCGAAAGACAGGUUUAUUACAAGGGCUGUAAUAAACAUUGUAUUUUUCAAUACGAAUUCGCUGUUCAAAGAACGGGGACCUUGGUGAUAAAGAGCCUAGUAAGCUACCCUUACGUGAGAUACAAGAACUUUAUAUAGAUAUAGCAUUAAACGCGUCGCCUUUUGGCAUAAAAUGCACACUAUUAUGCCUCUAUGUUGUGGAUAUUUUUACAAAUACUUUAGGAAGAAAGUAUUCUUCCAUUGGUUAAGAUACAUCUGACACCACUACAUCAGAUAUUCUUGCUGUGUAUCAUAUAUAUAUAGACACGUACUUUCAGACUGUACGCUGAGUAACCAUUUUGACAUCUUUUUAAGAAAAUCCUUUUUAAGUAUUAGUGAAGAUGUAAUAGCAGUUUGAACAAGCUAUUUUGCGUUUUGAUUUUUUCCAAUUAUACGCAUACGAUGGAAGAAUUAUAUUUUUACGAUUAUCGACUAUCCCUUCAAACAUAGUUUUUCCGUUUGGAGAUUGUGUUGUUUUUUCUUUUUUUCUCUCUGGAGAUGUUAUGACGAAGAAAAGCGAGCGGAAUACAAUUUUUUUACACGAACAUAGUACAUGUUAUAUAUUCUUAUCGAAACUCAAAUACAACGAGUGACUGAUUUAUUCUUUGUAAUGUGCUAGAAUAUUAAUGAAGGAAUAAAACGUAGAGUAUCAAAAUAACAAAAUAUAAACGUUACGUCGGGAAUCCAAUUAAUUUCGUGAUACGUAUUACCUUUUUACUGACAAUUUUUGCUCUGCAAUGCAUUUUUGAGAGAUGCCAAAAAGCGAUACGACAUUGAGGAUCGGCCGUGCGAAGUAGACUUGACUAUUGAACGACUGGUCUGUAUAAUGCAAAACAUGUAAUUUUUGAAAGAGCGUAAGUUCGUGUAUAUUUUUUUAAACACUUUCUUUUUAUCUGAUCAUUUCAGUAAAUCUUGCUUUCGUAUUUCUGUGUAAACAAUGAAAAUACGUAGCUGAAUUGUGUAAUUAUUAUUAUUAUUAUUAAUAUUAUUAUUAUUAUUAUUAUUAUUCGUUAUGUUACAUUUUAUUGAUAACAAUAUAUUAUAUUAAUUACA